CGUAGCUCAUUGUAAUAUUUGUUGUAAAGUAAGCUAGUUGGUUUCAUACCUUUAAAGCUAGCCAUGCUCAUAACCACCUAAGAUAGGAGAAAGAGAACCAUCAUUGCAAGGAAAAAGAGAAAAAACAGAGAGCCACAAAAUAGAAGAGAAGGGCUUUGUGGAGGCUGGCAGCAAUGGCAACACCAAAACAGAUGUGGGAGCAGCAACAAUCACAGAUGCAGCGAGUGAAGAACUCAGGAAUUAUCGGUUGCAAUGGGAGCCCAAUAAAGGAUGACAAGGAAGAAGAGAUGUCGCAGUCAGCAUUGGCUAUCUUCCGUGCAAAGGAAGAAGAAAUUGAGAAGAAGAAGAUGGAGGUCAAGAAUAAGGUUCAUGCUCAGCUGGGCCGUGUAGAAGAAGCAACUAAGCGCCUAGCAGAGAUUCGAGAAGAGCUUGAGGCUCUCACAGAUCCAAUGAGGAAGGAAGUUGGAAUUAUUCGCAAGAGGAUAGAUGCAGUUAACAAAGAAUUAAGGCCACUGGGUCAAAGCUGCCAAAAGAAGGAGAGAGAAUACAAGGAAGCCCUUGAGGCUGUCAAUGAGAAAAACAAGGAAAAAGCUCAACUAGUCACUAAAUUAAUGGAGCUGGUGGGUGAAAGUGAGAGAAUGAGGAUGAGGAAGCUGGAGGAGCUCAGCAAAAAUGUAGAUACUGUGAAAUAAGAAUUUUUAAUAAAGGAAACCAGAAGGGUGUUGGUGUGCUGCAAUUAGAGUAGUUUUUCUUGAGUUUGUUUUUCUCUUUUUUGUUUUUGUAUGAACUUUGGUCAGCUGGUGGGUGAAAGUGAGAGAAUGAGGAUGAGGAAGCUGGAGGAGCUCAGCAAAAAUGUAGAUACUGUGAAAUAAGAAUUUUUAAUAAAGGAAACCAGAAGGGUGUUGGUGUGCUGCAA